AUGGACGAGAACAAGUCACAACCUCUCCAUGUUACAGGAAUACUCACUUAUCGUAUACAAAGACAAGUUGAAUUUUUAUUGUUAAACGAUACUUUUUCUCAUAAAAAACAUUGGACCGCACCAAAGGGUACAGUAAUUCGUCAAGAAGACGAAGUAAAAUGCGCUCUUCGUAAUACUAUCGAAACUACUGCUCUUUCCGUAAGAGAUUUAAGAAUUGAAGAAGGCUUUAGAGCUGAAAUAACUUAUCUUUCCGGAACACGACCCAAAAGAGUUGUUUAUUACCUUGCACAAGUAUCAGAUAAUGCUCGCGUUUAUACUACCGGCGAGGGUCUCAAUUUCGCGUGGUUACCCCUUAAUCUUGCUAUUGAAAAAGCAUUAUAUAAAAGCAUGCAAGAGGUUAUCAAGAAGGCAUCAAUUUUUAUUGAAAACAAUAAACUUAAAAAUACUGAACCUUCACAAAGGUCUAGAUCUGAUAAACAUCAAAUCACCAGCGAUAGGUUAGAUCAUAAAAUGAAGAAUUUAAAUUUGGCUUUACCUUUAGAUUCUCAACGUCAAGCAAUGUCUGAACAAAGGCUUAAGCUUGCACGCAAACAACGUCAGAAUCAGAAUCAAUCCGAAAAAAAUAGUAAUGGAAAUGGAAAUGGAAGCGUGAAUAAUAGUAACGGACUAAACAGUGGUUACGCAUCCCCACUUCAUUCUCCUGUUAUGCAAUUUGAAAAUCCGCUUUAUAAAACGAGAUUAUGUGAACGUUUUGAAACCGAAGGGUAUUGUCCAUAUGGAACUAAAUGUACUUUCGCUCAUGGUACCGUUGAGUUAAGAGAGAGACCAGCAAAUGUUGAAGAGAAAACUGAUAAUUCUUCUACUGUAAAAGAUGGACCUGAAAAUCCUUUGUACAAAACUCGUUUAUGCGAAAGAUUUAUGAAAGAAAAUUUUUGUCAGUACGGGCCUAAAUGUAAUUUCGCUCAUGGGGAACAUGAGUUGAGAGAUAGACCAAAUGCUAUUCGUGGGGAUAAUGGCAGCGAACGUGAAUCUCCUGAGCCUCAUCAUCAAAAUCAACGUUCUACUAAUCAACAGCAUCAUCAAUCUGAACAAUAUCAUGGUCGUUAUCAACAUCCACAUCAUCAAGCACGUCUUAAUGGCGUUAAUAAUAAUGAUCUUGAAAAGAGAACUAUUCCCGCAAGUCCUGGAAUCGGUGGAGGGUUUCGUUCUGAAAUUCAGAAUGGUAUUUUAGGGCGUAUUCCAACGAUAGUGAAUACCGAUUCGCAUUCUACGGGACAUAAUGGUACUCAUGUAGAAGAAUCCAAAUCCGAAACAGCUGAAGAAGAUAAAAAAGUGGAAGAAACGCAAAAAGAAAAUAAGGUUGAAAAUGAACACGUUAAAGAGCCAAAUAAUAGACUGAAAGAAUAUGAAGAAAAUUCUGAGACAAGGAAUAAGGAUUCGUCUACUGCAUCUUCUACUGUGUCUAAACCUACCAGUAACUCCAAACGUCGUGUUAAUGUUAGUGUAGAUGAAAAGCCAUGGAUGCAAGUUGUCGAACUUUCAAAUGUUGAACUUGAACGACUAGGAAAGAUUAAAAAGGCUGAUCAUGUACCUAGUUCUCCAGAUGAUAAUAUUAUUACAGAUUUGAAAAAAUUUUUUAUUCAAUCAAGAGAACAAAAUAAAUCAAUUUCUGACGAAAUUAAAGAAAUCACUUUAAUUGAAACAAGAAAAGAUUUAACAAAAUCUCAAUUAUUUAAUAUUUUACUUCCGAGCAUGUAUGACGAUAUGUCAUUGGAAGUUGUUAAUAAAGACUUAGUACAAAAAGAAAAAUUAUUCAAAACGUUUAUACGGGGAAGUCAAGAUCAAAUCAUGUUUUUAAAAUCAUGGGAAAAAUAUUUAAAUACUCGGAAUAGUAAAUUAUUACCAAAGGCUACUCAUAUUUUUAAAGCCAUUUACGAUAAAGAUUAUGUUGAUGAAGAUUCCGUGUUGGAAUGGUAUGAACAAGCGAAGGAUACUAGUGAAGUAAAGAAAAAAUGUGCUGUAUUUAUUGAAUGGUUAAAAAAUGCGGAAGAGGAGGAAGAUGAUUAGAGUGGAAUUAGAGACCAAUAUUCAUAAUAAUUUAUAUAUGUGUAAGUCAUAUUGAAACAUUUUUUUUUUACUAGUCUAUAUUUUAACUUUACUAUCCUAUUUUUUUUUUCUCUGCUUUAUAACCAUUCGUGGUUGAUAUCCUUAUACCUUAUCAUCAUUAAGCAAUAAUUAUAUUAAAUAAAAUAAGUAAUUUUGAAUUUUAAUAAACCGAUCACGAUGUAAAAAGUGAAAAUGAAAUUUAAUUUAUUAAAACUAAUUAAUAUUGUCUAUAUAUGUAUAAUUAACAAUAACACC